UGUAAUUAUGGAAACUUUUAUACUGGAAGAAAAAAUGGAUUCCAUUACUGUAAACUGAACCAACCUUAACCAAAUAAACUGAAAAUGGCGCUACAAAUAAUCCCCCACUCUCCCUCUUCUUUCACCAGGAAACCCUAUCGCCUUCCCACCAUACCUCUUCAAUUUCCCUCAAAACGUAAUUUCGUCAUCAAAUCACAGAAUUCGUCGGAGUCGGAGUCGGAGAAGCUCAUUUCGAAGGUUGUUGAUGAUGCUUCAGUUGCGACGUCAUCCAAGGCGUCGAGCUCAUCUGCUCAAGGUUUUGGUUCUUCACCGACUCAAUCAACAAGCAAAUUGAGUCCGAAGGCCACUCCUUCUAAGGGGAAGCAGAAGGGCAAGCGGCAGAGGGCAUCGAUUAUUCGGCGUUCGCCGGUGGAGAAACCGGUGUUUGUUGGACAGGUAGAUGAAGAGGCGGCUAAGGAGCAGGGCAGGAAUGAGAGCUAUUUUCUUCUUACUUGGUUGGGUCUUGGUGCUGUGAUCCUCGUCGAGGGCAUUGUGCUCGCGGCAUCCGGUUUCUUACCGGAAGAGUGGGAUAAGUUCCUUGUCAAAUAUUUGUAUCCAUCCUUUACACCAACCGUUUCUCUGUUUGUUGCUGGAACUGUUGCAUAUGGAGUUUUGAAGUAUCUUCAGAACGAGAAAACUAAAGGUGAGAAAUCAUAAUUUAUUCUUUUUUAUUCAUGUCCUGCAUUGGUGUGGAGACCUGAGAAAUCUAAAGUUCCUAUAGGCCAUGCUUAUACAAAGUAUCUCAUUUGACUGAAAAACUGAGGAAAAUUUUCCGAGUUCAAAAGCGAAUGAAAUGCUAUUGUUGGGUCCUAGGAAACACCUUGCCAUCUUUUUAUUAGUUUCGUUGAGCUUGACAUCUAAUUAUCUUUCAUGUUCGAUGACAAGAUCUUCUGAAAGAUCCUUCUGCUAUUACCGAGUAAUGAGGUAUAGCCUAUUGUAUAGAUCCUUUAAGCAAUUCAAGGUGCUAUUGUUGCCAAAAGCGAA